UUUUUUGUUUGUUUUGGUUUUGGACAGGGAUAUUUGGAGGGAGGUAUUUGGGGUUUCUUAACCUGUAUGGUCUGCCUUGGCUUGUUCAGUGUUCAUUAAACAAGUUCUGUAAUGGAAAACAUCUAUAAAACCUUAUCACUGAAUCAAGCAGGGGGUCCUACUGAAAAACAGAGCAUGAUUUGUUGUAUAAAGUAUCUGUAAAUAUACAUAAUAUCAGGGCAUCUUUACUUUGGGAAUGACCUAAAAAUGGCAUCUUUCCACUCACUGGAUUUGCAGGGAUCUGUUAUCUAUUGAGUUACUGCCACUUUUUACUUUUGUUUUGCAGGAGAAGCUGAAUGAAAAAUUGCAGGGGAUGAGAAGGAUCCUGGGCUUUUUGUCUUUUCCCCUAAAAGUAGGCAUGCUCUGAUCUAGAAUUAGUCUCACAAGAUGCAUGUAUGAAACUACUGCAGAACUUUUUUUUGCCAGCAGUGGGAGGAACCUUGCUUGAGACUUUGUGGAAAUAAUAGUUUAAAAACUCCUUCAGAUUAAAUUGUCACAUUUGAUACAACAGUCUGGAAACCAUGAACCAUGAACAUUCCUAUGCCAUUUUUAGUCAUUGUCAGAGAUAAGAUAGAGUAUAAUGCAGAACUCUUAUGAACCAGCUUUUGAAGUAACUGGUUUUAUUCUGUCUUCAUACUACUGAAAUAUUUCAGUGUGUUAGUGAGUGUUGACAUUUACUGCUGCUUCUGAGCAGGAAGUCCAGUCUGCUGACAUAAUUAAUGAAAAAGGGAAUCCCCAAAAGGAGAACAGUGCAUGAAAGAGGCUGGAGAUCUUUACAGUUUUUUGAAGGGAGGUGCAGGCAAGCCAGCGCUCUGUGGCCAUAAUUGCUGAGAUGAUCCAUACAGCCAGUCUAGUUCAUGAUGAUGUUAUUGAUGAUGCAAAUUCUCGCAGAGGAAAAAGGACACUUAAUCAAAUCUGGGGGGAGAGGAAAGCUGUUCUAGCUGGCGACUUCAUCCUCUCAGCUGCUUCUGUAGCUUUAGCACGAAUUGGAAAUACCACUAUCGUCUCUGUUCUAACUCAGGUGAUUGAAGAUCUGGUGCGUGGUGAAUUCCUCCAGCUGGGUUCCAAGGAAAACGAGAAUGAGAGAUUUGCUCACUACCUCGAGAAGACUUUUAAGAAGACAGCGAGUCUGAUAGCAAACAGUUGUAAAGCAGUUUCAAUUUUAGGCUGCCCUGAUCCAAAAGUUCAUGAGAUUGCAUACCAGUAUGGAAAAAACGUUGGCAUAGCUUUUCAGUUGAUAGAUGAUGUGCUGGAUUUUACAUCGUGUGCUGACCAUCUGGGGAAACCAACAGCAGCAGAUCUCAAGCUUGGAUUAGCCACAGGCCCUGUCUUAUUUGCUUGUCGACAGUUUCCAGAAAUGAAUGCUAUGAUAAUGAGGAGAUUCAGUAAGCCAGGAGAUGUUGAACGUGCAUGGAAAUACGUGUUGCAGAGUGAUGGUGUGCAGCAAACGACCUACCUCGCCCAGCGCUACUGCCACGCCGCCACGCGCGAGAUCCGCAAGCUGCGGCCGUCCCCCGAGAGAGAGGCCCUGGUGCACCUGACAGAAAUGGUUCUCAUGCGAGACAAGUGAGAGACCACCUUCCACUCAUUCUGGCAGCUACUUUACCAGACUGUGCCUAAAUUUAUUUCAAAAGUUAUUUGCUUCCAACACAAGCUACCAAAAAUUAUUUUUUUAAAAA